AUGUUUAAGCUUCUCCGACAACUCCCAGUGCGCCAUCACUCCUCGAAAGACACGCUAACGCGUGUGGUGUCCCAAUACGGCGUAGUAAUUAAGCGAAGCUUCUCCAACGACCACGACCCAAUCGUAGAUCUGCCCGGGCUGGGAAAGCUCAAAGGUUCCUACACCAAAACUGCGUGGACGGGGGCUCCGGUCCAACAGUUCCUGAACGUACGAUACGCCGAGCCCCCGGUCGGUAAGAACCGCUUCAAGGCACCGAUCCCUGCCCAACCGUGGGAAGGCAUCCAGGACGUAUCGGUCCGGGGUCAGGGAGCACCGUGCUACGGUGAUCUGAAGAAGCUACCGAAAGAUCAACUAAAAUCGUCCAACCUGGAAGAUUGCAUUAGUUUGUGCGUGUAUACGAAGGAUACUACCGCCAAGCGUCCGGUGGCGGUUUACAUUCACGGCGGUGGUUUCUACAGUGGUAGUGCCGCCCAGCAUCCACCGGAGUACUUGCUGGAGAAGGAUAUCGUGCUGGUAGUGCCACAGUAUCGGCUCGGUGCGCUUGGGUUUAUGUCCACCAAGACGGAGACGAUUCCGGGCAAUGCAGCCAUUAUGGAUGUGCUGUUGGCGUUUGAGUGGGUUCAAAAGCACAUCGAGCAUUUCGGUGGCGAUCCGUCGCAGGUGACGGCCAUUGGACAGUCGGCCGGAGCGGGCAUACUGUCUUCCUGCUUUUGGCAGCUGGCAGUUCGAUCAUAA